UGUGAAAAUGUUCUUAGUCAUUUGGCAUCGAAAAAUUAGCAGACACAAUGAAAGUUCUAGUUUUCGCAGCCCUGUGUAUCGUUGCUGUCUCGGGCGGUCCCUCUCAGAGGGUAAUUGGAGGUUCAUUGGUUAUGAUUGAAAACCAUCCCUCCAUUGCUUCCCUCCAGACAUGGGAUGGAUUUACGAGUUUUUUCUGGCAAGCUUGUGGCGGAGUCAUCCUCAACAACAGAGCCAUUCUCACUGCCGCUCACUGUUUACAUGGUGAGAAUGUCGAUCUGUGGCGAAUUCGCAUAGCUACCAGUUUUGCCAAUACGGGUGGACAAGUUCAUUUGAUCCAGCGUCACAUCGCUCAUCCUUCAUACAGCUCCAGAACGUUGGAACACAACAUCGCUAUCCUGCACUCUGUGACCACUUUUACUUUGAACAACGCAGCGAGCCCUGCUUCUAUUGCAGGUCCUAACUACCACAUUGCAGACAACCAAAGUGUUUGGGCUGUUGGGUGGGGUCAGAUCUACUGGUGUACCGAGCCGCGAUCUCAGACACAUGAGAGACGGGUUGACUCUGAAGUACUCCGUCAAGUUUCACAAGUGAUUAUAAACCAAGAAACAUGCAGAAACAACUAUGCUGCCCGUAACAUUGCCAUUACCGGUAACAUGUUGUGCUCCGGCUGGCAUACUAAUGGUCGUGGCCAUUGUGACAAAGACUCUGGCAGUCCUCUCUACCACAAUGGUGUGGUUGUUGGUAUCUUCACCUUUAGUGUUGGUAUCGCUCAAGCCAACUUCCCCAGUGUCCACACUCGUGUAUCCAGCUACACUUCUUGGAUUACCUCCAACGCAUAAUUUAAAAUUUUAACCAGUUUAUGAUGACUUGCUUUUUUAAGCUUUACUGAAAUUGUAUUGCGAUAAAUAAAGUUUGUAUUCAA